GCCUGAGAGCUCAUGGAGGUUCAUGGCUGUUUCCGCGCGUCUCCCUUCUGUAAAUCUCGUCUUUCCGUGGGAAACACACACAGGUGGGGAACAUUGAAACAAGACACCCUCUCUGGCCCUUCAAACAGAAGUCACCAUGAUAGCAAUAGGUUUUGAGGGCUCCGCCAACAAGAUCGGCGUCGGCAUCAUCGAACACACCCCCACCGGCGCCGUCAACGUCCUCGCGAACGUCCGCCACACCUACAUCUCCCCACCGGGUCAAGGCUUUCUCCCCCGUGACACCGCCGUCCACCACCGCGCCCAUGUCCUCCCGCUCACCCAAUCCGCCCUGGCCGAAGCUAAGCUCACCCCGAAGGACAUUGAUGUUAUUUGCUUCACGAAAGGGCCGGGGAUGGGUGGGCCGCUUGUUUCUGUAGCUGUGGCGGCACGAACGCUCAGUCUGCUGUGGAACAAACCGCUGGUCGCCGUCAACCAUUGCGUCGGACAUAUCGAGAUGGGGCGAAUGAUCACCGGCGCGGAUAACCCGGUGGUGUUAUACGUCAGCGGCGGGAACACGCAGGUGAUUGCAUUCGCGGAGCAGCGGUACCGGAUCUUUGGGGAGACGAUCGAUAUCGCCGUCGGGAACUGCCUGGACCGGUUUGCGCGGAUCCUGAACCUGUCGAACGAUCCGAACCCGGGAUACAAUAUCGAGCAGAUGGCGAAGAAAGGGAAGCGGUUCGUGGAGCUGCCGUAUACUGUGAAGGGCAUGGAUGUGUCGUUUUCCGGGAUCUUGUCGUUUAUUGAGCAGUUGGCUGCUGAGGGGCUGAAGCCGGCGAAAGGACGGAGUGGGGAGAAAGAGGUGGAGGAACCGAUCACGCCGGAGGAUUUGUGUUAUUCGUUGCAAGAGACGUUGUUUGCGAUGCUGGUGGAGAUCACGGAGCGGGCGCUGGCGCAUAUUGGGGCGACGGAGGUGUUGAUUGUGGGUGGGGUUGGGUGCAAUGAGCGGUUGCAGGAUAUGAUGGGGGAUAUGGUGCAGCAGAGGGGUGGCUUUUUGUUCGCUACGGAUGAAAGAUUCUGCAUAGACAACGGCCUCAUGAUCGCUCAAGCCGGUAUCCUGAUGUACAAGACGGGACAUACCACCCCGUUAGAAGACACGUGGUGCACGCAAAGAUAUCGAACGGACCAGAUGCUCGUCACGUGGAGGUGAUGUCGAUAGCUGUGAGUCUACAGUGCGGCGGAGUCAAGUCGGGAUGGAGCGCGUCGGGCGGGUGGUACCUCGGCAGGACAU